AUGCUUGAAGUUAUGAUUAAAAAAAGAUGUGUAAAAUUCAUGAAAAGUCUGCUAGUGUCGUUAGAAUUAGUGACGAGGUUUGGAAUUGUGAUGCUCUGGAUAUGCUGUGGCAUGUUGUGGAGUUAUUUGUGAUGAUUUGAAGUUUUUGUUUAUGAUUUUGGAAUUGCUGAUGGAAAAUUAGAGAAAUGCUGCAUCAACAGUGUUAAAAAGUAA